AUGUCCUCUGAUGAAGAUCAGCACUUGAAACAAGGUAAGCUUAAUCAAGAAUUUUGUAUUCGAUGCUACAAGACGCAUUAACGCAUGGUGAACAGUAGUGGCGAUCUUUCCGUCAGGCGUACUUUCCUCAAUAUAGAUCAGUUUUCCUAGUUUCCAUGUUGUUUUACUGCACAUACCUACCUCGAACUGCAUGUUCUCUUCUUAUCUAGGCUUUGGUUCAAAAUGAAAUCCGUUCACGCGAGUACUGAGAGACUCAUUUGAUCGGGAAAACGAAAAUACUUUCUUGCCUUACACAACUUGAGUAAGGACAACACUUUAUGUAAUAACAAGUAAAACCUUUCCAGGAAUGGAGAUAAAACGAAAACUAGCGAAGUUCUGAGGACGAUAUAUUUAAGGCGAUUAAUUUCAUGCCAAAGUUUGUUGACUUUGAGGACGUUCCGUUUGCCAGCCUGGCCGGUUUUUCUUGUUAAGCAAUCGGUGUAAAAGACCUAAAACCUCACGCCUGGAGAAUGCAAGAAGUUUGAGUGCUCCUAGUAGAAUGGAGAAUAGCUUGGAAUAUUAUGUAUACUUGUCACAAUCCUGAGCAAGAUCCGAGAUUGAAAUGGCUGUUGUUACGCUCUUUAUAUUUGAAAGGAAAUAGCGGAGAGUGAACACCUCAUGCUCUGUGAAUGGUUAGUUAAUUGUCAUGAAGUUAUCAUCUUUGCAUUACAUUCUGUAAUCAGAGUGUUAUAUUCGCAAUAUGCGCGUCUUCUGCACGUCGUAAUUACGGCCUAAUCCACAGGCAUUCUAGAAAUCUAGAAAAUUCACAAUAUUCAAGAUGCAUACGGGUGAAAAUUUAGUGUCAGAAAAAGCACCUAUAGAUUGGUAAAGUAUUUUCCACGGGAUAACGAAAGCAUGUUACUUACCAGACAAGCCAGAUUUAACGGCCUGAUUAAACUGGGCAUGGAUAAAUAGUGAUAAUUGUCGUCGCCGAGUUUUAGUUUCCAUCCUUUAUUUAAAUCUUAUUUAUUUAUUGCAUACUUAUUUUACACUUGUCGUUAACAAACAUGGAGCCCUGGUUCAUUUGAAUGCCAUGUUGGUUGUUAGUGUGUUGUCUAAAUCAAUUAGAUAAUAACAUUAUAAUUGUGCACGAUAAAAUACGGAAAUCAAAGGCAUUGCGGGGACCUAAACAGGCUAGAUCGCAGUUGGUAGCCAGGACCCGUAUUACAGGUGGCGUGAGCGUUUGCUUACUGGGGCUAUUUUGUGGGGCUCCAUAAUCACAUGUGACCCAUUUGGCUUCCGUUGUACGUUUGAGGUUAGGAUUAGGGUAACGGUUAAUGGUUUCCGAUUUUCGGGUUAUGGUUAGGGUUUGAGCGUACGAUUCGUUUUCAGUAUUACGGUCAGGUUCUUCAGUUACGGCUGUCUAAGGGCUACGGGUACGUUUACGAUUUAGGUUGGGGUUGGGGUUAGGAUUAGGAUUAAGGUCGCCGUCCGUUUCCCCAUUCCUGGCUACCGACUGCGAUCAAGCCCCUAAACAAACUAUAAUAAUUAGAAUACGCAGGGGUGGAAACAUAAGUUGUAUUAUCUGGAAAGAUAGUGUCGAGGACGACGCGCUUGACGUGGUAAAGUCUUUUCCGAGGUUGAUAGCAAAACGAUGUUACUUAUCAGAGAGAUCUGAUUUAACGACCUUAAUUAAUAGUCUUGGCGAUGACCGGCCAUGAAUAAAUAAUGACACUUGGCGUCGUCGAGUUUGAGUUUCCAUCUUUCAUUUGACUCUUCAUUUAUAUUAAAUUUGUCAUACAAAAACCUAGUGUUUCGAUUCAUUAGCCUACCUUACUGGUACUUAAAGUAUUGUGUGAAUAAAGUAGAUCAUUUCUUUACAGCUGUAUCGAAUAAAUGGGAAAUUCUACAUGCCAUUAUCGGAUUCUGUUGGGUCGUUGGUGUAGACAUGGGAGGCACUUCUCACAGUCUGGUCUUCGGUAGUAGUUAUUACCCGACAAAAUCGCAUGCAAGCAGUAAUACUGUGCAGCAGGCGUGGUGAUUUACGCGUGAAUUAGCUUAUAAUGAGAGUAUACUUUCACAGCAUCUACCGCACUCUCUCAUCCUACCCCCACUUAGGCCUGAAUUGGAGAGAGAGAGAGAGAGUCACAAAUACCGGAGGCGGAGAGGGGGCAGGUGGAUGGCGCGGCCGAGCCUGCACCUUGGCGUCCCACCCGUGGUCCGCACCAUACACUGUAUACCCAUCGAAACGCACGCACAUCCACCGGCAGGGAAGCAGGUGUCAGAGCACUGCCAGCGUACACCAGGCGGCGAGGGUCAUGGUUUGACGAUCAUGGAAUAGCAGACGCUCACGGUCCUUAAGGCCUUAAUAGUUUAUACUGUAUAACACACCGACACUAGAAGCCAAACACUUUUGCUCUGGCAACUAAAUAUUUUCAUUUAAAUUCGGGACCACACUUACCAUCGCAAUUUAUAUCCGACGAAAGGGUGCAUUUUGUCAUAAAAUCUUUUUGGGUCCCGAAUAAUUCUAAACCUGAUUUACCACCACGAUUGCAGAUCCAGUAAUCCCAAAUUACAAGCACUGUGUGGAAAAUCCUAGGUUUAUAACGAAGGCGUCAUGUAGGCCUCCGUGUAACUUGCAGUGAACGCAAACCAUGAUGCAUACUUUAUAGGCGGUAUCGAUAUGUGAGCAUAUGGGCACCUUAUGAAAGUAUGCUUCAUGGCCCUGAAAAAUCCCAUAAUUCGAGACUUUUUGAAACCAGGAAGACACUCUUCCUUCAAGCACAAAAUUCUGAAUAACCGUAAUUUGCUGUAAAAGGCAGUGAAGAAAUAACACUCUCGUGCAUGUCUUCUGUAAAGGAGGUGUGGGGCAUCCCCUUCGAACAGUGGGAGGGCAAUAAAUCCUAGUGGAUCUCCUAAGACGCUUGAGCUAAUCAAAAACAUAACCCAUAUAAAGUCCUCCAUCACUAGCGGGUCUCGAGUGCGGCACAUAGUCUCUUGUUUGGCGGGUGAUGUGGGGUAUAUUCAACCUCAAGCCUACAAUGUACAUAAGAUUUGUCCCUCCGACUGCGAGAGAGUUUUUUGUGUCCUUGAUUGGGAGGGCUCUAAUUUAGACCAAUACUUAUACAUCGAAUUUCAGUACAAGGAGUAGGUUCAUCAGAAAAUCAUUUUGAGCUGGGUUCAUCAAUCCGUCGUCAGAAGGAGCGAAUACUGAGGAGUGAGAUAAGCGCAUCGAGGAUUUCGAGGCUACAUCGACAGAACCAACCUCCACUUGACGGCCUUUAUACAGGUGCCGGAGGUUAGGGGGGGAGGUUGAGGGUGUCAAUUAUGGUUUACUGUGUCCUGGAGGUUUGGAUUCCGUGAUAUUCUACAUGGCCGAAGCCGGACUAGAGGCUAAUGUUUUAGGGUGGGCGCAAGUCAGUGAGCUGAGAACGUAAGUCCUCGUGGUGGGCGUCUACGUCUCCAUAGCGGUCAAUGCUGUUGUUGUUGUUGUUAGAGUGCCAAUCAUCGAGAAAUUAUCGGUUCUGUCUUGUACUAGCGUUGGCGAUGACUUCAGUUCCGUCCCAAUUGAAGCGGCAAUCACAGUCAUGAGCAUGCUCAAACACGAGAGGCUAGGGGUCCCGUCGGCGGAUGGCCAGCUCAUGCUCGUUAAUGCGGGUCCCGAGUAGCCAGCAUGUGUGCCGGUCACAGCAUUGAACGCUUUGUUCCCCUUAUUACCGUCUGAUAGUCGUAUUCCGAAACGAAGAUUUGCGAUCGGCCUGAAGGUAAGAAACCGAGAAGUGUCAAUUAUCUCCAGAUUAUGUGUAUUUUCUUGUGCGCACGGGAAGUGCGCAUAUCACAGAAGGAAGGCCCUGACGAAGAUCAAGAUUUCUUGCCAAAAAUACUACUCAGUUUCAUCAGUUGGGUAGAUAUUGCUGAUAGUCAAGUCUACGCCGAAAGGACUGCCGAUGGAGACAUCAAAUGCAAAGCGCAUCGGCAGUUCAUGUCAGAUGGAUAAACCCGUCUGCCUCCACAAACAUGUAAAUUCCCUCGAAUGUUAGCCGCACAGAACAGCUUUCCAUUUCGUGGAGCACCCCAUUACUCAGGCGCCUAGAAACUCCCUCUCGUCAUUCACAAUUUCUUCAUUCCAGGCGAUCCUGAACCCUCAACCGUUCCGGAAAAGUUUACCCUCUAUGAAGCGGAAUGCUGUCCGUAUUGUCAACGUGUUCGGUACACCCUGGACUACCAUCAAAUACCGUAAGAAAGCCUUCUUUGUUCUCUUUUUUCGAACUAUUCAUGCACACACCAUUUUUGCCGAAGACCUGUUAGUCACAGGACGUGGGCUUCUAAUUCCCUUUUUAACAGAAGCUGACUGUCCACUCGGUUAGGGGCCUAGACACCUCGCUGGCGCCAGUUUCAGGGUUCUAACAAUUGAGGACACGACCUGUUGCAUUUUAAAAUGGAAUGACUGUCUUUGGACCAUACUGAACGUGGGGAACUUAGUUGAUAUUUUUAAGUAUUCCAUAACCGCAACGUGGACGACAGUACAAAGGUAGUAGUUAUCACUUCACAAUACUAUUAAUCAUGUUGCUAUUAUUUGAUGCUCGCUUGGCUGCUUUAUUUAAACUGCUAAAGUCCUGAGCCGUAGUAAGUGGAGUAGCAGAGAUCGUCUUCGAUGCAGAUGGAGAUUGCAAAAAUUGUGACUGUUCUUUUUUUAUCAUCAGACAGAGCGUGGACGGUAGCGCGAAUGUUCCGCAGAUACGAGUUGGCGCCAUUAUGAACUGAAGAGCUAAAGAAUUCGGCAGAUAUAAAAAGGCAGGUCGUUUAUAUGUGGAGACGCAACGCCACGGUAGUUGAAUCACCAAGGCGCUAACGCCCUGCGCCUGGAUUUCAGUCGACGUCAUCCUGCAAAGGGUCACUUAAGGCAAUCCCAACUGAUUCAUAGAUGUUUUAGCAGAUUUUAAAUAAUUCAUAUUGACCCAACUGUGAAAAACUCGGCGCCUCGGUGGGAUUCGAACCCACGCGGUAAGGGGAAGGCUUUAGCGCAGCCAACGCUCUAACCACCUGAGCUACGAGGCCCCGCCGGACGACGCGAGUUAAAUCACAUUUGGGUCAGGUUACCCGUCCAACAUACUGCAACGUCUGGAAUUCACUUGCGUCGAUUUUACAGUCAAGGAAAUCGUACCUUUAGGCUACAAAACCUUUAAAAUCUACACAUAAUCUUGAACCCGACCAUUGCCCAUAAAUUUUUACUAUUGCCUACACGUCUUCCAUAGUCUUUACGCCUGCACGCCCGUGAAUGAUUUUUGCUUCUACACCUAACUGUGGAAUGUCAGCAACAAUUGUUGUACUCAAAUACUUGGUCGUUACCAGUGAUUCUGUUUCCUCUUAGGUAUGACCAUGUUUUGAUAAACCUCGGCACCAAACCCGGCUGGUAUUUACGACUGUAUCCGGCGGGCAAAGUCCCAUUGCUGCACUAUCGUACUGAACAAGUGGCCGACUCGGAUACUAUCAUGAAGUACGUCGACCAGUUCAAUGGUGACGAGAAUUCUCUCCUGAGCGUAUGCGGCGAGGAGGGCUUUAAGAUGGCGUUGGAUUUGUCAUCCGCCGUAAGUCUGUUGAACUUCGUACUCAGGAGUGGAUUCAAAAGUAUCCGCUAACCCAGCCAUUUCUAGUCCCUCACUGUCUUUUUUGAAGUGUCCGUUUCUUUACUACGCCCUCACUGGAAACAUCAUCAAAAGCAAUAACAAUAAGAGCGUUGUCACUGUCAACAACGAUAAUAACCACCGUCGUUGCCGCCGAUGUCCACCACGUCCUCCAUAGCAGGGUAGGACAUGUGCGUGACUUAGUUUAUAGUAAUAGUAGACUUGCGCAGCAACAACCGCACUCGCUCCCACCCCCACCGUGACUCGGUGUCAAGAAGACUAGAGGCGGCAGGAGACACCUAGGCGUACAGCCACACCCACUAGUCCGCAACACACACCAACCAGGAUUUGAUGCCAAAUCAACUUAGGUAGGCCACCCUCAUCCCAAUUGGCGCGGCGUGCACCUGCAACUAGACGUGCCAACACACUCCCAGUGUUGUUAUGGGUGUGCAUUCCCAAUUACGCUUGCCGGGGCCCCUUUUGGCCACCGUGUUGGUCCAACGCAUUUACCAAGUGGCCCGCUUUAGGGCCACUACUACUAGAUCGAGAAGAAUGCCCGCAUACCUAGGAAGCUUAUGUGGGGGGGGGAUCAAGUAUAUGCGCGGGGUAGGAAAAAACCUAUGGAGAGGUUUUCACAUUAGUUUUAAAAGUGGGCGUUGAUCGGUGGAAUUUUUGUCCGGCCCUUCGUCAGCAGAAUUACCUGUACCGUUACGAAGAGUGGCUGCUGCUGAAAUGUCUGCAUUGGCUCAUUUUUCUGCACCGCCCAUACGCGGUUCUUUAGUAAAAGGAAAGUUCAUUUUUUCAAAAAAUAAAUCAGCACGCAGAGCAGGCAGGUAGUCAAAAAAAUACUCGGAAUAUCGCUAGAUUGAAGAAAUACGCCUGCCGGUAGAGCAGGAAUAUCAAAACGCCGGUGAAUUUGUCAGGCAACAGUUAACGCAUUCUUAUCCUGCGCAAUUGCUUAGUCCUUUCCAAUUUGUUAAACUUUAGUAUUUAGAUUGCAGUUUUCACAAAGUUCACUUUCUACGACGGCAAGUUUAGCGGCGGAUUUGACGUCCUCGGUAAUUCUGCUUGCUACCACGCAGUUCAUCCGAGCUUUUCGAAACGCACAAAUGGACACUGUUACAUGAUGCAGUGGCCACAGAAUCACUUACCUGUACUUUAUUUUCCUGUCUAAUUUUUCAUCCACGCGCAAUUUGUGCCCCUACAACAACCACCGUCAUCACCAUCAUGACCAUUGAUUAUCACAACCAGCACCAAAAUCGCCGUCAAGGUAACCACAGCUGACAAGACCAACACGAUCACCACAACCACCGUCACCAUCGACAUUAUCAGCAACAUCAUUAAUAACGACAUUAACAGGAGUAACACCCUCAAAGUCUGAAGCGGUAGCAGCAGCAUCGAUAUCACUUCAAACAACAAAGAUGUUCAUAAGUCAGUUUAUUAAGGGAAUGAGGCUUUCGCCCUUGAGCUCCCUAUUCAUAUCGUUAAACAGAUAUAAAGUCAUCAAUUACAUCAGCAAAUGCGAAAAGUUAAAAAGUACGCGGCAAGUGUGAGCUAGGCGCAAACUGCCGCCGCUAAAACAAUCAUUAUUGUACGUACAGUAGGUUCUCAACAAGUGAGCGUCUAGUCUGCACUUGAAGGAUUUGACACUUUCGGAAAGAACGACGGCGUCAGGGAGUCCAUUCCAUGCCCCGAUGACCCUGUGAGAGAAGGCGUUCCGUCGGACGUCCGAAUGAGCCCGCUUCCUUUGCAGUUUGAACGGAUGACCACGCAGACGGUCAGUCCGGGCCAAUUCAAAGAAUUCAUCAAAGUUUAGGGCACACUCACGGCUUCUGACAAUCCUGUAGGUUUGAAUGAGAUCGCCGCGCAGUUGCCUGUAAUUUAGAGGAAAGAGAAUUAGUUCGGUCAGCCUGGUUUCGUAAGGCAAAUGAUGAAGAUUCUUGACCAUCUUCGUAGCCAUCGCCUGUACUCUUUCCAGUCGUUGAUAAUCUUUCUUCAACCAUGGUCGUCAGGCCUGGACUGCAUACUCUAAGUGAGACCGGACGAAUGCCCCAUAGGUUUUUCCGAACAGCUGUUUAUCGAUCUGCACAAAUCCUCGCCUCAGUGCAAAUAACACCCUUAUCGCACUUUUGGCUGCCCUUUGACACUGUGAAGAUUGUUUCAGCGAGGAGGUCAUUAGGACGCCCAGGUCUUUCUGUUCCACAACAUUUGAAAGGGGCUGACCACCAAGGGCGUAUUGAAAGGAAUCGUCCUCCUUACUGGCCCGUCUGGUGCGGAGUCUCAGGACCACACAUUUGUCCACAUUAAAAUUGAGGAGCCAGCGAGCUGACCAACUGUUUAGGCAGUUGAGACUGUCUUGAAGCGCGUACCUGUCUGCUUUAGAUCUGAUGGGUCUCCACAGCUUAACAUCGUCAGCAAACAUGAUGGCGCUGCAUCCCAGGUUGUCGACGCAGUCGUUAAUGUAAACCGGGAAUAGCAACGGCCCUAAGACGGAGCCCUGGGGUACACCACUUAGAACGGGAGUAGGAGUUGACCUUGAGGCCUCAAUGCACACGGUUUGCGAUCUCCCGGUAAGAAAAUCUGUAAUCCAUGUCAGCAGCUUUCCUCUUAUCCCAAUUUCCGAAAGUUUGUAGAUUAGGCGUUUGUGUGGGACGCUGUCGAACGCCUUCUUAAAGUCUGUGUAUAUGACAUCAACCCUCCCAUCCUCGUCCAGUGCGCGAGUCCACUGCUCCGUCGAGAGCAAUAAACUGGACAGACACGAGCGGUAAUGUCGAUCAGCAUCAUCGGAUCCUAAGCGUUGUUAUUGUUGACAGUAUCAACAAAAUAACUUUUUUCAUCAUUGCACCAUAAUUUGCACCGAACGCAGCAACGGCGCAAUCGACAAAGAUUGCAAUGGCGAUCAUAAUAAUCAUCCUUUAAUAGAUACUAAGCCAUUUCUGCCGUUAUGAUCGACGGUAGUUUUUAUGGUCGUCAAAAUUGUCGUCCACAUUCCGGUGUAAAUACCACGAAAAAUGGUCUGACGAACAUUAUACGAGUGCACUGAAUCUCGGCUACAGUAAUGGGGAGUUCGAUUGCACUGAACUAUUAUCUUAACAUCAGGUUCCAUUAAUAAAGAGGACCAAUUUCAACUAAGAAAUCUCUGAGAGUUUUUUGACACUAAUAGGAGCAAUCAUUACCGCCGCGCAAUCUUCCAUAAUAACGACGUUCAGUCAUGUAAAAAUCAAGUUUGCACGAAUACCCGGAGAAAUUGUCUGACUGUAGUAGGGCCACUUUUCGCUACCUUUAAUGUCACGUUUGUGGGUGCCUAUAAUAGCAAAUAUAAUAAAACUAGAUUCUAAUAACCGCAACUACAAUUGCAUUAAGCACCUACAAUGGGGUUAGCGGGGGCACAUUGUGUACUUACUCACUGCUAUUAUUUGGCUGUCGGGCUUCCUCUUCAGUCUUUUUGCUACACUUUUGGAAUGCAACCCACCUAGUUGAUACCAUUUGCACUGGCAUCCAACGCUGAAUGACCUUUAUAGAAGUGCACUUAGAGAGUGCAGACAAAUGCCCGGGCGUUUAUCUGGAAAGAGAGCCUGUCUGCACUGAUUGCUUUCAAAGUGAGUUGCAUAGCCCGUAGCGCAUACUCCAAGUGAAUGGGGUGGACACGCGGUCUGCCAAUGAACACGUUGGUCCAGCAAGCUAAAACGCAGAAGUCUGUCGAUGUAGGACAGUCAACAGUUUGGGGACUCCCAUAUUAGAAGAAAGCGAGGACAGACCGAUGGAUAAGCCUUCACUGAAGCAGAGAGCGUGCAGACAGCUCCGUAAGCAGUAGCAGUUAGUGUUUUCGCUAGGCAACUCUAGUCCCAGGCCUUCUGCAUUGUCUGCCACGAAUUGGAAGUGUGUGCUGCUUCGACCGAUCAAUAAAGACAGAGGCAUCGAUUGGCUUCACGGCGUCGCAAGCCGGACCUUGAGUCACAUAGGUAGAAGAACCUGGAACGCCAGGGGAAAUCGGCGACCGUGACGGCGGGUAGCCACAAGGCAUCACUACAGCUGAUUUUCGACCUUCAUAUCAAACUGCCUUCAUUGUCCUAAAAAGUCAGACCACUUUUCGUUCUUCGCAUGCCAUUUAGAUUGCUCUUCCACGCUACAAGAUAUGCUUCACAACCGACGCAACCAAGGCCGACGUCGAUGCACUCAAGAACGCCCUAUCAAAUCUUGACAAGGCCAUUAAGGGACCCUACCUUCUGGGUACGUCAGUUUAUCAUCGCAAGGUCUUUGCCUCCUAUUCAGAAUUGCAUUGCAGUAAAAUUGCCCUCGAAGCCUUUUACAAGUUAAACGCCUCAUCUCGCCAUCCUUAUGUGAUGUCUAUAAAGUUCUUUUUCAAUCCUCUCCUUUUUGAUGCCUGAGAUAACAUCUGCGGAGAUAAGUCCAUCCAAGUUGGCAGCAAAAAUGGCACCCCAUUUUUUUCCUUCAUGCUCGUCUCUUCUACCCGUCUUGCAUGACUUCGGUCAACUAUCCGCGUGGUUUUUUGCCAAGAAAAAAAAACCAACGAUUUUUAUGAUCCCGUAUAUUUAUCACAAUAUUUUUUGGGGAAGUUCAAGUCGGCGAACGUACGUUUUCAAUUAUUCUUCAUCAAGCACGUACACUAAUAUAGGUCUUUUUAGAGCAGAGAAAUUUGAGAAGUAAAACAAGUUAUGAGCAUUAGUUAUAACUUGGAGUAAAUGUGUUCAGACUUGUGGUACAGCAGGACAAUUAUUGUCCGGUUUCUUUCCGUGGUAUAGGGGGAAGGGGGAGGGUGUGGCGUGUACGAACCACCUCGGGGUCACCAAUUUGUGGCGGUCAAGGCUGUGAGAUCAACUUAGACAACACGCUCUUCGUUCGUUUCGUCUAAUGUAAUGAGUCAUGAAGCUGUGUGGAAUAGUUUAUUCUGUACACAGGGUAGGUUGUCGUAAGUUGGUUUUUUGCAUGCAAAAGAGAUAAGCGUCCGUUCACGGAGUCUGUCAUUCGCGGUCUGUAGUUUACGCGGGAGUGUAUGUCUGUGUCAGUAGGUGGGGCUGACUGGCGGAGUGCUGGUCAUGAGAUUGGACGGAUUAGAGGAGGAUUUGGUGGACGCAUAAUCACAGGGGCUCACAAGUAUCAAGUCAGGUCGUCUGACGCCCGCGAGGUGAUAAUAGUUUGUGAGGGCAGUCGGGAGUCACUGCAGCUGGAUAGGAGGGGCCCCAGUUCUAGACGGCGGAGGUUGUAGUGUGUCAACGAUUGUCGCGGCCAUCGACCGACAAAACGGAGCCGGAGAAAAGGGAGACUGGAGCGACUGCUACAAGCGUAAGUGGUAUGGCAGUCUGACUGAGUUGUGCUUCUGUUUCGUCACUGUGGCGCGAGGUGCCAUAGUGCGGGUCUGAAUUUUCAUGACUCACCUCUGACCGGGGUAAUAGGAGGACUUUAAUCAAGGCCGUCUGCGAACACAAGGCUGGAUUCGUUAGUCGUAUGGCCACUGCCUCCACCGUCGCAAGUAUCGGUUGGCGCAGGGAACUGGAGCGCCUUGCGACAGCGGAUGCGGAAGGCCUUCAUUAAAGCCGUCCUAUUACCCCGGUCAAAGCUGAGUCAUGAACAUUCAGACCCGCACUCUGGCACCUCGCGCCACAGUGACGAAACAUAAGCACAACUCAGGCAGACUACACUGCCAUUUCCCCUCCCCCUUCCCGUACCACUAACAGCGACCAGACUAUAAUUGUCCCGCCGUCCCACAAGUCUGAACACAUUUACUCCAAGUUAUGACUACUGCUCGUAAGUUUUUUUACUUCUCAAAUGUCGCUGCUCUACAUAUUAAUGUACUGGCCAGAUGAAGGAUGAUCGAAAACGCACGUUCGCCGAAUUGAACUUCCUCAGUGUGUCAAUUGGAAUCCUCACGGAGCUUAAGCAAUUUAUUUUUUUCUUGAAAAACCGACCGACUGGCGCCCCUUUUUUUCAAUUUUGAAGGUGAAAACCUGAGCCUGGGUGAUCUCGCUGUCUUUCCUUUCCUCAAUGCGUGGGACUUCGUGAUGGACCGAUUGCUGAAGUUGGACGAUGCCUCCGGUGAUAGCGUCGAGGCGGUCGCCUCUCAGUGGCCUAAUGUGUUGGAAUACCGUCAACUUAUGAAUCAACAACCCUUUAUCACGAUGAAUGCCUUCCAGGAUGAGGACUUUGCAAAAUUCGUGGACGAACACAUCGUUGCGAAUGCCUAG